UCUAUUUGAUUAGAAUGGAACCACGCCCCGUUUGUUGGGACGCUAUUUGAAUUAGAGGCGCGGCCGCUUUCUUGUUUUGUUAUGAUAGCUAUGAGUUUGACGAAUUUUUUUCUUCUUCGACAGGUGAAAUUAGUCGAGAAUGUCGGCUACUGAAACUUACGCUUACUUUACAGGAAACGGUACAUACAGACGUCUAAAUCCUUUAGUAUCCCGCAUUGGAGAUUUCUCACCAUUCUACAUCGCCAUUGCGAUUUGUUCUGUUAUUCUGGGAUUCCUGUUAAUAUUGAACAUCGUGUGUUGUUGUUCUAAGUACUCUGACUAUUGGCUAGAUAGACAUACAGGUAAUCGCUGGAUUGUGUCCAUCUGGUCAACAACACCCCAUAAGCAACCACCACUCGACUUCACUGAGCUAGAGGGCCAAAACCAUCUCGUUCAAUACGUUCACCAAUAUCACGGAGAGGAGUAUCACGACAUUCAUAAGAGGGAAUCUGAAGUUCCACCCUCUGUAUCACGUCAACCACUCACUUCAUCUCAGGAAUAUUUAGAGUUACACAAACGUGAAAGCGAUAUUUAAAUAUGGCUUUCCUAUUGAUGUAUCCAGCGAUAGCUGUCCUUUCUUUAUUUGUUUUGUUGGUCAUCAUAGUUAUACUCCGGUUCGGAGCUCGCUGGUGUAAUCUGCGUCACCAUACGCUUACAGAGAAAGAUUAUUGGAAUGAUGAAGAGGCAUAUGAACAGAAGGUGUCUUAUGCAUAAAACCAACUAAAUGUACCUAUUUAGAAACUGAAUCCAUCCAUUACAAAUAUGUUUUAGUAAUUAGUAUUUUAGAUAAACCUAAGCAUAAAUGAAGACAAUUUUUUAUAUUAUUAGAUUUAGUAAUUAUUUAAAAUGUUAUAUAUAUUUUUUUAUAUCAUAAUGUGUAUGUACUAUAUCAUAAAUAUAUAUUUGCUAUAUAGUUUGUUCAAUCUGACAUUUUCAAACAUAAUAAUGUUAUGUACUACUUUUUUUUUUAACGCUUUCCCCCACUUUUUAGCAGGCUCUAUGUACUACUAUUGACCAUAUAUAAAAUUUACCUGAAUCAACGCAUGUUAGUGACACAAAUAAGUUAUUCUUAAAUUUUAAUAAUCAAUUUUAGGUUAUGAAUUUAAUGCACAACUUUUUAUGUAUUGUUUUAUUAAUGUGUUCAUCAUAACUUCAUAACACAACACUCAUUCUAUUAUUUAUCUAUUUUCAUUUUCUGAUAAUUUUAGUUUCAUAUUGAUCAGUGUAAGUAUAUUUUUAUAAAUAUAGUGAUAAAAUAACCGUCCAAUAAAAUAAAUUGAAUGAUUUAAAAUGGUAUUUUUUUAUUUUCAAAUAACAGUCAACUUUUGGUGUUAUUAAAAAAUUCAAAUUUCUCUCUUCGUUAUUUUAAAGAUUGGGAAUACGAAGUAAGGAAGAAGAA